CCAUGUACAUCUUGGGACUUAACAAGGAAGAUAAUUUAACUACAAGUGAGAGCGACACUAGUCUAAUUUACUGAUGUUACUCUUGAUGUAGUAAGGACUGCCAAAGCAGUGAUAACCCAAUACCAGUAUUACUGAAGAGCCACCUACCACAAUGAGUUUGCCUAGACUGUCUCCGCAGCGAAUUCACCGACGGCGCCGUAUUGUUAGUCAGGAGAGACCGCGGCGGCGUCAUUCCACUCGCGGUGUCACUGUUCAGCCGACUGUUGUGUUAGACGAUUCACUGGAACCAGGAAACUCGGGCUGUAUUGACCUAACAAGUGAUGACUCAUUCACUGGAGGCAAUGUGAUAGAUUUGACGAGUGUCAAUGAUUCCCCUGUUGUGCUUCUUUCACCCGUUGAUGAGGAUCGUCCACGAAACCGCAGACAUAGACUACGUUCAUAUCACUUCACCACAAACUACAGUGCUGAUGUUGAAGUGACGAGUAGUCGCACGAGAAUGCAGAGGAUGAUAGACGUGGACAGUGAAGAGUCACUUCCUCCAUUUGAUGUUACCGGAACACCGUUCAGCCCUGAAAGACUAGAUUCAAAUGCGUCUACAGCAGUAUCACCAGCUGCAGACAAGAUCAACUGUCCAAUUUGUCUAGAUGAUGCCAAGCAGAUUCGGAGAAGUGGAAGACAGAUAUUUUCUACAGUUUGUGGACACAUUUACUGCAAUCAGUGUAUUACUCAAGCUAUUAACACACAACGUUGUUGUCCCACGUGCAGAAAAAAACUCACUUUAAAACAAGUUCAUGUUUUGUAUUUAUAAAUGAAUUGAUACACCUAAUUAUUUGUGAAAUAUGCAUUUACCGAAUUAUUAAUUGUAUUGAAAUUUGUCCAUGGUCCAUUGUUGGUUGUGUCUGGUGUUAAUAUUGUAAAAUGAUAUUUGGCAGGUUCAUUUUUUGUACACCUUGAUCAGAAUCUAUGUUUUAUAUAUACAUUGAUUGUAUUUUCAAAUUUGUGAGACUUCAAGCAUUUUUGUUUAUCAAUAUCUUUAAAAUGUUAAAUUAUUUUAUUGAAUCACUUAGUCCAUAAUACUUUAGUUGCAUCUAGUAUUAGUAUUAUGAAUGUUAAAGUUACUUUUGAUAUGAUGUUUUUGUGUACACUAACUUGGGUGUUGACCAAUGCCAGGUCAUUGGAUUAAGAAAUAAAUAUUUAUGUAUUA